AUGAUUUGCCGAAUUGGUCUAAGGAUGGUUCUUCUCGUUGCAUCUUUAUUUAUCGUCCACCUGCUGUCUGCAACAACCGCUAAACAGUGUGGAACGGAAUAUUCCAUUUUCGGCAUGAUGUUAACGAGACACAGUUUUAAGACGAUGAAAACGUCUAGCGCAAUGGAGUGUUUACAUGCUUGUAGGGAAGACGUGAGGUGUCAGAGCUUGAACUAUGUAAUCGGGAAAGAUAACUGUGAGUUGAAUGACCGCACCAAUAAGGCCAAACCUGAGCAUUUUGUGCCAGAUUCAUUCCGAUAUCAUCUUACACGAGACAAGAAUAGGGGUGAGUUAUUUAUUUUUUUAAAACAUACUACAGAAACUACAGGUCGACUAAACUGCAAAAAGAGCAAGAACCGUCGGCAUAUUCCAUGGUAUCACAUGGACUCAUAUGUCAGCAAGGCACUCGAGUAAAAGACCAGAUCCCUGUGCAUAUUUUGGCGUCGCACAGCAGUUCAUCAUAAAAGCUUUUUGUAUAAUUUUACAUACAAUACAUAAUAUAGGCUUUUUCCUCCUCCUAUUAUUUUUCUUGGAACACUUUCUUUGGGAGGGCCUAAUUAAGGUGAUGGUUUUUUUACGGUUGAAAGUUACAAAUUUUAGCAAUUUCUUUUUUCCGUUAUGGUUUAAUACAAAACUUUAACGGCUGUCUCUCUUACGACAACUGCUAAAAUUUACUGGUUUUUUAUGCCUAAUGGCUAAAUUGUUUUUGCUGUGUUACGGCUAAUGGUUAAACCCAUUGAGACCCUCAUUUAGAGACAUUAUUCUUCAUCCUUAGGGAGCCAGCCAGUUUCUUUUUUCAAUUCUGAUCCCUCUGUUGUUUUCUUCCAGUCCCUCUCGGUUCCAUACCUGAGCUGCCUGCGGAGACAUGUAGAGAAAUCAAGUUGAGCGAAGGUUACGCAAUCAGUGGCAACUAUUGGUUGAAUUCGAUUGUUAAUGGAAAAUCCCUACUUGCUCAGUGUGAUAUGGAGACAGAAGGUAAGUUUAGCUGUAUUGAAACCUCUCGUUUUAGGCAACUGUUUUGGGGGGAAGUGGGGGAUAAGUUUAUGAAACUAUUGAGCUACGUCAGUGGGAGAGUAUAACAAGGUAAUUUAGCCGUCGUUAGAGCGAAUGACCGAGGGCUGACGCUCUUAACGUCAGCUUUGAAGAAAAAGUAAAAUUGAAUGAAAAGGUGAUGCUACCAUAACCUUUGAAUCUGUAUCGAAGUCUCAGAGGUGUUUCAUGAAUAAACUUGCGAAUGUGGAACUUUCAUUCUGAGAGCGUACUUUUUUAAAAUAUAAAAUGCUACGUCUAUAGUUUUUUCGCAAUUUGCCUCAUCAGAUGUUGACGAGUGUAGUGCUGACGUCCAGAUUUGUGGCUCUAAUGCAAACUGCACAAAUACCAACGGCUCUUAUUACUGUUCCUGUCAUUCUGGUUUCACUAGAAGUGGCAAAGAAUGUGUAGGUAAGGACAUUAUGUAUAGAUUACUUUUGAAAUUACUUAUUCUUUUUGUGUGGGACACACAGAAGGCUUCUUGUUAUAGAACUUUGCUAAACUGCUGGUCGUACAAGUUCACUUCAUGUUCAGUACUUGUUCGUCAUCUCUCUGUCAGAUUUCUUCCACCAUGUUCCUCUUGAUCGACUUCCUUACAGACUAUCAGUAGUAUAUCCGAGGAUGACUCUCAACAGGGCUGUUGAUGUUCUGUAGAGUACAUCAUCUGCCCAUUGAUAUCUCUUUUGUCAUAUUUUCUUAGUCAGCUCUUCAUUUUGGAUAUAUGACUUUCAUCAUCUACAGUAGCGUCCCUUUUUUCGUAUUUUUCGUUGAAUAGGCAUCAAGCAGUCUUCAUAUACAAGGCUGAUAAUUCAAUAAUGUAACAACCCACAGCCAUAUUUUAUUCUCAAGGCAAAUACAAAGUCGAUCUCUAUUUAUAGGAGAUAAAAUUUUUAUCUCCUAAUAAUGUUGGUAUCCUCUAAUCAAACAUAAUGUUUGAGGCAAGCUUACCACCACUCCAGACGUAACUGUCAUGGCUAAGAACAGUUUUUGUAUCCAUGUGGAUGUUUGAUAUUUUAAAAACCGCACAAAUGUUAAAAUUGUUUCAUAGCUAAGAUAAGCAAAGUCACAUAGCUUUUUUUUCCAGAUGACAAAUAUCUAAAAUCAAUUCCGAAGGAACUUCUUUUGUAUCCCUUUGGAAAAAAGUCUUUCUUCGGAUUGGACUUUUUAAAACCAGUUUUAUCUUAGUUCCCUUGUUUUGCAUUAGGAGAUGAUCAAAAUUGUUUACCUAAAAAAGACUUCUCCAUGAACUGUUCAGUGUGAACCGAUAACUUUUUAUAUUUCCCAGAUAUAGAUGAAUGCACAGCUGGUGUUCACACUUGCCUUCUUGGAACAGCCACGUGCAUAAACACUAUUGGUUCAUACAACUGUUCUUGUAACCUUGGUUACGUAGGGGAUGGAAGAACAAGUUGCUAUGUGCAGUCAGCCGGUCAGUGGUUUUUUCUUUUACAAGUAAUGUGAAAUCAUUUUACUUACAAUUGAAGAGGCUAACAUUUUUUUUUUCAUCUCAUACUAUCUCAGAUAUUUUCGUCUGACUUCAGAUGCUUCACUGAAGAUUGCUCUUCUUUAUUUUUUAGAAAUUAGGGCGGGUAAUGAUUCAGAAGAGUGAGUCGUGAGCCGUACAUAUAAAUAUUUUAUCUCAAAGAAAAUAAGAAUGAUAAUUUUACUCGAAUUGAGGUUCAAAGCUCUUUCCCACGCACAUGAUCAGAGGAGAAAAUAUCUUAAUAACAGAUUAAUGAACUGAUAAAAUGCAUGAAACAAGAAUGUUGUCAAUCAUUUCGAACUGUGUUGAAGCGAUUGAAUCUCCUAAAGAGUAUAUAAAAAGCUAUAUAAGAAACGUAAAACACCAAGUAGACAAAUGAAAAUGGAAGAAAUGAACUGAAACAACAAUGAGGUAGCAUCACUGUAACUCUAGCUGUGCAUUUAUCUGUUUUCUCUCUCAGAAUGUCAAAAUCCUGCAAGUCUUACGGAAGCUAACAGGAAAGAAACGUUCACCGGAGUUGGUUUAUGCGACAAUACACUCGGUCCAAAUUGGUUUCGUUUCCAGGGAGCAGCUGGAAAUAAAAUGGCUGCCACAUGUGUUCCAACUAACCGCUGUGGAACGCAUGCAACUGGUUGGUUAAACGGGGUUCAUCCUACAGUGAGCGAGGCUAUAGUCACCAGGCAGGUCUGCUUUAAUUGGUCAGGAGGAUGCUGCAACUGGUCCAUCAACAUCCAAGUGAGGAAUUGCAAUGGAUAUUUUGUGUAUAACAUCAGUGGUACGCCUCCAGUGCAUCCCUGUAAUCUGCGGUACUGUGGUGCUGACUAG